CUUCCCCUUUCAGGCCUGGCCACAGCUCUGUCACCCAUGGCUUCCUGUUGGGGCGUCCUCAGCCCUACCACACAGCUUGGUAUUUUCCUCCCUGACACAGAGACCUAGACCUGCUCUGCACUGUCAGAUGCAGUCAUGGUGCCCCUGCUGCUGCUGCCUCUGCUGUGGGGUGGGUCCCUGCAGGAGCAGGCAGGCUAUGAGCUCGGAGUGCAGCAAUUGGUGAAUGUGCAGGAGGGUCUAUGCAUCCAUGUGCCCUGUUCCUUCUCCUACCCGUGGUUUCCGUGGUAUUCCUCUGGUGAACUCUACACCCACUGGUACCGGGUUGGGGACAACACACGCUAUGUUCAUCCUGUGGCCACAAACAACCCCCAAAAAGCAGUGAAGUUGGAUACCAAGGGUCGAUUCCUCCUCGCUGACCCCAGGACCAACAACUGUUCCCUGAACAUCAGAGAAACCAGAAAGAGUGAUACAGGAACCUACGUCUUCCGAGUGGAGAGAGGGAGAAAUGUACAAUAUACUUACCAAGAUAAGAAGCUGACAUUGUGGGUGACAGAACUGACACAGAAGCCAGACAUCCUCAUUCAGGAGCCUCUGAAGUCUGGGCACCCUACAGAGCUGACCUGCAGCCUGCCAGGGUCCUGCCAAGGGGGAAUAUCUCCCUCCUUUGCCUGGGUGGGAGCAGGUAUUGACUCUCUGGACCACCAAAACCUCCACUCCUCGGUGCUUACCUUCACCCCAAGGCCCCAGGACCAUGGGAUGAACCUCACCUGUCAGGUGAAACUGCAAGGAUCAAGGGUGACUACAGAGAGAACCAUCUGGCUUAAUGUCUUCUAUGCCCCACAGAGCCUCACCAUAGGCAUGUCCUUCAGAAAUGUGACAGCCCUCAAGAUUGUGCGCGAUACCUUGAUUCCCAUCCUGGAGGGGGAGUCUCUGCAUCUGCUCUGUGUGUCUGACAGCAACCCCCCUGCACAGCUGAGCUGGUUCCGGGGGUCCCCAGCCCUGAACACUAUCCCCAUCUCUACAACUGGAAUCCUGGAGCUGCCCCAAAUAAGGGCUGGGGAAGAAGGAAAGUUCACCUGCCAAGCUCAGCACCUGCUGGGCUCACAAAAUAUCUCUCUCAGCCUCUCUGUGGUCUAUCCCCCAUGGCUGCUGGGACCCUCUUGCUCCUGGGAGGACGAGUGUCUCCACUGCAGCUGCUCCUCCCAAGCCCAGCCCGCCCCCUUGCUGCGCUGGCGGCUUGGGGAUGUGCUGCUGGAAGGGCAACCAAGCAACGCCUCCUACAAAGUCACCUGCAGUUCUGCCGGGCCCUGGACCAACAGUUCCCUGAGCCUCUCUGCAGGGCUCAGCACCCACUUCAGACUCAACUGCGAGGCAGAGAAUGUCCACGGCACCCAGCGCGCCAGUGUCCUGCUGCCGCCAAGAUACCGCCCCAGAGAGCAGCAGGGCUCCUGGCCCCUGGUCCUCACUCUGAUCAGAGGGGCCCUCAUGGGGGUGGGCUUCCUCCUUACCUAUGGCCUCACCUGGCUCUACUACACCAGGUGUGGGGGCCCCCAGAGAAUAAAACCCACACCUGACUGA